AUGAGUCUAGACGCCGACAACCUGGAGAGCGCCAGCGGAUGCGAAAAGCACGCCGGCGGCGGCCAUGGCUUGCCUGGAGAGCGAGAUAAGGAAUUCAAUCCGAUUACGAGGACGACGAGGAACCUGCACAUGGAGCUGGUGUUCGGCCGCAGCGUCGCGGAGGCGACGGUGGUAGCGCACGGGGACCUCGGGGAGCGCGGCACGCACGGCGUCCUGCUUAGUGUGGCCGCCGCGUUGCGGUACCUGCACGAGGAGGCCGGCGUCGUGCACGGGGACGUGAAGGGCCGCAACGUGCUCCUCGGUGGCCGCUGCGACGCCCAUGACCAAGGCUGCGGCGAGGCUGGUCUCCGACGACGCCCUGCGGGCCGCGCGGGACGCCCACGUGGAUGGCUCUGGAGGUCCGCGCGGCGGUGUGGCGACGCCGGCGUCAGACAUCUGGGCCUGGGAUGCACCGCGCUCGAGCUGCUCACAGGGAACCGCCCGUGGUCGGAGCUCGGCGGCGCCAGCGAGGUCGGCGAGCUGCUGCUCCUCGUCGGGUUUGGCAGAGGAGCCAAGGCACGCACGGGGUGA